GGGACAUCAAUUCUUAUGAUUUCAACUAGAAAAAUUUUAAGAAGGAUCCUCUAUAUUUCACACGCAGAAUUGACAUCAGUGGAGCUGCAUUAUCGUAGAGAAGAGUGCAUCACUGAUAAGCCAAUCCGCCAUUGUUGUUGUGGUGCAUUGCUAGAUAAGAGUCGAAGGGAGGGCAGCGGACGGCAGGGAAGCCUUGUGUGUGCUAGGCAGUCUGCUAUAUUGCAAGCUGUGGCCGAAUAUCGAAGGAAAUACACUCCGACGUUGAAUGAAGAGGAUGAAGACAGAUUAAGGCAGAUGUGCCAAGUGGUGGGGCCAAUCAGCAACAAAAGCGGAUCCAGCAACAACUACAGCAGCUGCAAUGAUCCAUUUCAGGCUGAAGUUCAUCGCAGCAGCAGCAAUCACAGCAGCGGUAGCUGCCUUUGCCGACGCCAUCUGGAGAACAGCGCCCCAGCCUUGCCGCCUCCCAGUGGUCAAGACUGCUACAGGUGAAGAGGAUGAUGUUCCGCUUGAUCUGGAGGAUGAAGGAGCAAGAUUUAUAGUUAGCGGCCUUCAGUAUAUGGAUUGAACUUAGUAUAUGGAUCGAGUUCAACAAGACCAUAUUUGUAUAGUGAAAGUUCAGUGGAAUAAACACUCCGACAGAUUUGUGGUGUUUUAGGUAAUUAUGGUGUGUUUUAGGUAAUUGUGGUGUGUUUUAGGUAAUUGUGAGAAAAAAAAGUUGAAAUAUGUGCAUUCCAAAUGGUCCCGAUAUUGCAAUUUACGGCACAUCGUUGAGAGGAUCAAGGACAAUGUGGGCAAAAGCAGUUAGGUGUUCAUGAAUUUUAAGUGUAAUAAUUAAAAGGAAGGUUAAGGACCUUUAUACUAUUAGGAGAGGAGAACUACAGUCUCAAGCACAUUUAAAACCAUUUCUUAUGCACUGUAAUUGUGGAGGAACUAGUCAGCAA